GACCCAACCGAGUCCAUGCCCACCCCUACAUUUUCAGAAUGAACACACCUUAUCUGGUGUUUCUACCUCCUCCUCCUACGGGCGAAGUAAUCUGACCUUCAUCGUGUUAGCUAUGUCCAAUUGUUUUAGAGUUUGACUCAUAAAUCGUGUGAAUCGACAUGGAAGCAGCAGCAGCUCUUGAACACAAUCUCUUUAAUAGACCAGCUUUUAGAGUUCUCCGCAGCCGCCAGUUUAAGAUUACCGCGUCUAUAUACGCCAAGAGUUUAUGCUGCAGGGAAAAACACCCCGGCAGUGUGAGUUACAUCUUUCCGCACGGUUCCAGGGCUUUGUUCAACACCGGACUGCAUUCCAUUCGUCUCUCUCCAAUACCGCUAUCUGUGAAUUAUAUUACUCAUUGCGGGAAAUUUAAUGACAGUGUAACGAGUGUGAAUGUGCAGCUAGUGGAGGUUUUAGCGAAGAGAGGCCUGAUUUUGUUUGCUUUGAUGUUUGGGGCGUUAGUGUUUUGGUACAAGAGAGUGCUUUAUAUUGAAGAGAUUGUCGGUGCCGGCUCCGAGGCUUUAGAGCAAAGCAUGAUGCACUUGAGAAGUUCUUGGCCAAUUGUUCUGCAGGUUCUUAGAGUUUUCAAAGAGCAAGGUUUGGUCUUGGCAUUGCUUCUAGGACUCUCUGCAUUUUUCUCCAUGGCCGAGACUUCAAUCACCACGCUUUGGCCAUGGAAGGUGAGGGAAUUAGCUGAGAAAGAAUCUGAAAAUGGAGUCUUCAAAAUGUUAAGGAGUGAUGUUACUCGAUUUCUUACAACUAUACUCAUUGGCACAACAGUUGUGAACAUUGGAGCAACAGCCUUGGUUACUGAAGCUGCAACGGCAGCUUUUGGUGAAGCUGGUGUUAGUGCAGCAACAGGAGUCAUGACAGUGGCAGUAUUGCUUCUAACUGAAAUUACUCCAAAAAGCAUAGCUGUUCACAAUGCCACCGAGGUUGCUAGAUUUGUGGUCAGGCCAGUUGCAUGGCUUUCAUUGAUACUGUAUCCUGUAGGAAGAGUUGUCACAUACCUUUCAAUGGGAAUGCUAAAACUUCUUGGCUUGAAGGGACGAAGUGAACCAUAUGUCACUGAAGAUGAACUGAAAUUAAUGCUUCGUGGAGCAGAGCUAAGUGGUGCAAUUGAGGAGGAAGAGCAGGAUAUGAUUGAAAAUGUAUUAGAGAUCAAAGAUACACAUGUUCGAGAGGUUAUGACACCACUUGUUGAUAUUGUGGCAAUUGAUGCCAGUGGAACACUGGUUGAUUUCCACAAUUUGUGGGUAACUCAUCAGUAUUCUAGAGUACCUGUUUUCGAGCAGCGUAUAGAUAAUAUUGUUGGCAUUGCGUAUGCAAUGGAUCUUCUGGAUUGUGUUCAAAAGGGGGACCUACUGGAAAGUUCAGUGGUUAGAGACAUGGCACACAAACCUGCAUACUUUGUUCCUGAUUCAAUGUCAGUUUGGAAUCUCCUCAGAGAAUUCCGCAUCAGAAAAGUACACAUGGCUGUUGUUCUUAAUGAAUACGGUGGAACUGUUGGAAUUGUAACCCUUGAAGAUGUGGUUGAGGAAAUUGUUGGUGAAAUCUUUGAUGAAAACGAUUCCAAAGAAGAAAUCCAAAAAAAAACUGGCUACAUUGUUCUCAGGGCUGAGGGAAUAUUUGAUGUGGAUGCUAAUACAUCCAUUGACCAGCUAUCAGAUGAACUUGAGAUAAAAAUGCCAGAGGGGCAUCAAUAUGAAACAGUUUCUGGUUUUGUUUGUGAAGUGUUUGGGUACAUUCCAAGGACAGGUGAAAGUAUAGAAGUAGUGCUGGAGAAGUCAAAUCGAGAAGAGCAUAGUGACUAUACCCAAGCUGAAACAGAACAGGGGGAUCAAACUGAAAAGAGUCAAAUUUAUAAGCUUGAGAUAUUAGCAGGAAAUGCCAGAAAGGUUAGUGCUGUUCGGUUUGAACGGAUCAACAAUGAAUAUGUAGCAGUAGGUUCCAAAGGAGUGAAACACUUGUUUCCUAAAGUAAUGGCAAAAUGGAACAUACGUGAUAUUUCAAACAGCAAGGACACGAAUGAGGUAAUGGGUCAGGGGACAACAGAUCGGGGCAGCACCCAGUCCAACAAUGGUGUAAUAUCUGAACAUGAAAACAGUCAUGACCACCAUAAUAUAGAAUAGCUAGUCUACUUGUUACAUCAAUGAACCUUAAAUACUAGAUUCUACUCAGCAACUUUCUUAAAUGAAAUAACAUGGGGAAUGAAUGAAUAUAUGAAGAGCGACUGAAUGGAAAUGGAUUUGUUCUCUGAGUUCAUUUACAUGUUGAUGCAUUUCUUCUCGCCCACGAUAGUAUAUGCCUUGUUUGUCCAUGGGUUCACGAUGCCAAAGGAAAUGUUAAAAUGGAGUGCAGAAUCCUCUUGAAUGCAAGUUUUUUUUGGAGGCAUAAUAGGCUUAAAUGCAAUCUGUUGGCCACUUCUGCUUUCUAAUCCCACAGGUAAUGUUGUUCAGUGUGCAAAUAUAAGAACUUUAUGAUGAACUGGAUAUGGAUGGUGAACUUUAUGAAUUCACCUGCCCUACUCGGCCAUCUACUCUAUUACUCUGUAUUUUCAUUUCUGUUUUUUUUUGUUAUUUAUUACGGAGUAUUAUUAUUUUUGGGAGUAAAUUGAAAAUUUUAAAUUAUAUUACUCUUUAAAAAACUUUAAAAAUCUGGACAAGAAAUUCGCUGAAAUAUUAGCGCCCACUUUUUCAUUUCGAGCGCCUAAAAAGUAAAAAAUACUCCGUAUAGUUCAUUUCCAGCGCCUUANUUAUCGUUUGGCCAGAUUCAUUCGUUCAUAUCAGCAUAUCAAUUGAGUGGAAAAGCAAUCGCAGGCUAAAAUUCGUACGCAAAUACUUCAUUUUAUUUGGAUUGUUUGAUGAUAUCAUGCUGUUGAACUAAAAAUCUGUGAGUAGUUUUCAGAUUUACUUCAUUAUAUUGAAAACCUUCUUGAUUCUGAUUUUUUAUGCUAUUUUUUAGGUUUAACCAAAAAAAUAUCUUAACAUUUUAGGGUUAAUUCAGCUUGAAUUGAUUAAUCGUAUCUAAAACCAGUGAAUUCAGCUUUCUGUAUUCAGAAUGUCGUUUAGAAAUUGAAGAUCUUAAACUAAUAAUGCAUUAAUGCUCAUUAGCCACAACAAACAAAAAAGAGUGUCACUGCAAUAUCUCAAAUGGCCAAACUAGUUACUAAAAGCCCAAAAGAGUCAAUAAAUUAAGAGAAAAUAGAUGUUGUCAGUAGAUGGUUUCCAAAAGCAAAGCUACUCACGCAUUGAAUUUGGAAAUGCUUCUCCCCAGGAGAUGCUUCUUUCCAAAACAAAGUAAGCAUGAGUUUUAAAGUGUGCAAUACUCCAAUCUGUCCAAUAGUAAACUGCCUAGGAGAUGCUUCUGUCCACGGUUUUAAAAGGCAAAAAAGGCUAGGUCGUGGAGUAUAUGUGAUAGGUUUAUGUAAACGUGGUUGUGAGGCUGAAUCAUUUGCUGUGAUAAAGCUUUCUAAAAAAUCCAAACAUUGGUAGCUUUCAUGAAGUAUUGAGACAUGAUACGUCGCAAACAAAGGGUGACUAUCGUGUGAGUUCCAAGGCCUCCUAACAAAUGGAACUGAUACUCCAACGCCUCCUAAUGUAUCUACUCAGGAAAGAGCUAGAGAAAAACAUAAAAUUUCCAUGCAAAAAAAGAUACUUCAUGUGAGUUCAAUUUAUCUACUAAAAUUUGGAUGUUUAUCAAUUAAGUCCAGGUGGGUACGGUAAUGUUAUUUAUUAUCUCUUUCUUCUUGGUGUUAUCUUCUUGAUGUUUUGUCAAGUACUAAUCAGAUCUUCUCCAUUAAUAUAAAUCUUCAUCCAAUUAAAGUAUUAUUAAUCACUCUUUGAGUUUGGUCAUACUGUCAACAUUUGCGCUUCUCAGAUUUCUAAAAGGGGGAGGUGGAGAAACUUAAGAUUUUGGCUAAACCCUUGUCUGGUUCAGUAGCUUAGUUCUUGUUUUGAAUUUCUAAUUCGAAAUCCGUCGAUUACCCUCUGUAACCAGAGCUAUAGAGAUGGUAAUUGAUCUUUCAAUUUCAAUUUAGAUUCAAAUUUUUUAUGUUUUUUUUCUCAAAAUUGUUGAGAAGAAUGUUAAUGGUUAUACUACUGUAGGU